AUGGAAACGAUGCUCGAUUCAAACUCUUGUUCGACCGACCAUUUCAUGUUCUGGGCACGUUUCUCAGUUGUAGCAUGUCAAUUACUUCUAUACGACUUUGAUCAUUUCAUUCUAGAAUUCAUUAUAUUUUUCUUCUUCCCAAUUUACAUCAUUUUCGUUAUCGAAAUGCGAUUGUCACAUGGAGUUCAUGUCAGUAUCUUCGCUGCUAUACUCAAAGACUCUCCAAUCUUUGCUUCUCCUUUCAUAAUAUUUUUCAAUUUGCAUCCGAACAAAUACAUACGUCCAACCUUCCUCAUGAUCUUUCUUAUCCUUGUUUAUACCGUUAUCUACUAUUUCCACAACAUUUUCAUGAAGAAAUACUCAUCAUCCAUCAUGAAUGAAAAAAUUGAACCUCCUUUUUGGAUUCCUCUAACAAAUGCAACUGUUAUGAGGUACGCAGCCGAAACAGAAGCAGAUGUAGAAUGUUUCGAGAACUAUCUGAUGCUAAGAAGCAAAUUAGAUCCAGAGGAAAUGAUAGAAGUAAUCAGAUUUUUGGGAAUUUUCAAAGCACAUCGUUCAAAAAUACAAUUAAUCAUUUCUAAGUGGAAUGGAGACAGCCCUUAUUACGAUUACCAGUUCUACGUCUUCAGUAGAAUCCUUAGAUCAGGUGACAAAGCUUCCCCAGUCAUGUCUUCCCAUCUGGAUGAUUUACACAGAAAUUAUUUAAUUAAUUUGUCACUUUUUUGGCAAAAAAGACAUGAAAAACACUUUUUUGACAGUUUUGUGUAUGGUUUGAAAGCGUCAUUUGCAUAUAUAGAGCUUGUUAAUUAUAGCCAGUACCUUGUUUAUAUAUAUCAAAGGGAUCCAAACAUACAAUUAGCUUAUGCUGAGAUUUCUCUUGUUGCUUUGGGUGAUCCACAGAAAUCUGUGCUGUUUAGGAAGUAUUCGAACAUGAUUAGAGAUAAUCCAGAUGCUUGCGGUGACCCUGUCUUCAAGAAAACUUCAAUUUAUUAUCCAUUAUCAAAUGAGAUAAUUGAGAGAGAAAGAUCUGAAACAACAAGUGGUUCUUCGUCAAAUAAAAUCUCUGAAUCUAACUCUAAAAUUAGAUUCCACUUUGACGAAAACGUAAUUUACAGAAAUGAAGACUCAAACAACUCCCCGAUCGCUAUGGGUGUGAGAAAAUGCUCUAACAUCAAACCUUAUGGCACAAUUCUAAGCUUUAUCAUCAUAUCUACGUGGGCAAUAGUUUAUAUUAUGAAAUUUGCAAACGUAAUGAAUAAUAACGUGGAGACUGUUGUUGAGGUUAGGGAUUUGUUGCAGUAUUCACUUCAAGCAGCUUAUAAACUCACUGCUGGAAUAGUUAUACACCAAAUUUACACAAAAUUCGAAGCAAGUCCGGCCAAUACCUACAACAACAUGCAAAAUAAACAUCCCACGAACAAAUUCUACACUCCAAACAACAUUGUAGGUGAAACUAAUUAUUUAGGAAAAAUACCAAAGAUGACGUUCAAAAAAGUAGUCGAAGAAGCACCAUAUGAUCAAAAGGAAUCGGAAAUUAACCACGAUAUUGAAAAAAUUUCUGAAAAUGAAAAUAUUGAUUUUAAUAAUGACAAAAAUUAUCAAAAUCCUGUUACAAAGAAUGGUUAUAACGAGUCUUACGCUCCAAUCCUCCGUCCUGGCGUUAGAAACAUACAAGAUUUGCCAAAUUUGCAAAAUGAGAAUUUUACAGACGAAGAGAAGCGCCAACUUAUCUGUAUCUACAAGAUAUUGAACAUCCACGAUGAGAUUCUUGAUUAUUCCAUCACUGCGAGGGAAGAUUUAACAUUCCAAGCCAAAGUUCUCGGAUAUUCAUCAGAAUUCCUUGCAUCAUCAUCCAAUGACAAAUGCGAAACAUUGGACGGGAUGGAGAAGCUGAUCAAGAAGUCAAAGGUCGAAAUUAAACAUAAUUUGGAGAAUUACACGAAUUUGACAUCUAAAAUUAUCAAUUCUACGAGAUUUGAUGAGACAUACAAAGGAAUGGCCAAUUUGCUAUACAAACUAUCAUUGUUUGGAACAUUACUUUCCUUAGUUUUCAUUUACAUAAGAAUCAGAACUCUCCUUAGAAGAAUUCCACCUUCUGCAACAGAAUUUUUGGGUUCAAAAGAAAGAUUGUCACUUUUAUUAUUGAAGAAAUCUCUCGAGUCAUGGGAUUUAUUCAGAAUUUUGUUCCCCUCAGAAAAUACUAACGGACAAAAAGUGACAAAUACAAAAAGUGCCACAAAAGUGCCAAUUAAUCCGAAUUUGAAGAGAAUGAAAUUAGGAAGAUAUUCAAGUGAAGCAGAUGUGAAUUACACGCAAAUGUUGACAGAAAGUUCACAUCACAUCAACUUGAAAGAUGCAAAAUUUUCAAUUUCUUUCAUAGGAGCUGAAAAUCUUCUGAAAACGUCAAAUUUCGCUUUGAUGUCACCUUUUGUAAACUCUUCAAAUUCAACAGCGAACAAUUCUGAGUCAGAAUUCUCAGAUGACUUCUCAGAGUGUUCGAUGACUGACAACUCCGCAAAAGAUGAUGAUUUCAUUGUUGCCGAAAACAUCGAAAAAAUUGACAUCGUGUCAAAAACGAUAAGUGAAACCAUUUACAACCAAAGGUUAUUUUACAUCAGUUUAAUUUUCAUAUAUUUCACUCCAUUCAUGGUUGCGAUCUUUUUGAACAUGAAAUCAAACGUUUUCUACCUUUUCCAAAACGAAAACAAUAAAAUUCUUUUGAAUAGAAUCAAAGAAAACGUGACACAGUUACAUGUUCAUUCUAUUUAUUUAUAUGAGAGUUACAAGAAUAAUUCCAAUGUUUCUCCUUUCUCAGGAAAUAUUUCCAUAUAUACUCGGCAUUUCCAGAAAGUUGAAGAAGAAAUAGAUAAAAUGAUUUCGACGAAUUUCAUUGGAACAAAUGUCGCAAUUUUAAUUGAUGGAUUUGUUUUCAUUUGCGGAUUGUUAAUUGCUCUUUACUUAGAGUUGAAUGUCAACCAUGGUUUGGACAGUUUGUUUAAUAUUCCUAUUGGUUAUUUGGAUGAUUUGAACAAACCAAAAGACAAACAACCAGAAAACAAAUUGCCAAAUAACGUAAUCGUUGCAACCGUUGAUAAUAACUCUAAAAAUAUUAUCGAUAUAACUCAAAAUGUUAAGGAAAUUUUGGGUGUCGAAAGUCUCGAUUUCAUUGGUAAAAGAUUUGACGAAAUUUUUACACCAGACGAUACAAAAAGUGACAUCAGAAAUUACCAAGUCACUGCCAAAAGAUUUAGAAAAUUUGUCACUUCUAAAUACAAAUUUGACAGAAUUUCAAGAGUGGCACUUUUUGAAUUAACCAACCAAACAAACACCAAACAGAAUUUCAUCACUUGCUUAUCGAAAUACGUUACACCUAACAUUGCAAAGAUGAUUUGCGACGACGGAUUGUUUAAGCAUCAUAGUGAUGACAUGACGAUUAUUAUUGGCAGAUUUUAUAUGACAGAAUACAACAAUUCCACUGACAAGUUCUUUUUGACUGUUCAGUCUUUGAUGCAGUGUUACAUGACAUUCCAUUUGUUGAGGUGCCAGGGAAGCUGCUUCUAUUUCAUUGGAAGCGGAUAUGAUCCAAAUACAACGCUUCUGUUUAUUAGAGAUAUAAUAAACGGAACAAAAACUUCCAAGGAAAAAAUUUUCAAAAGUUUCGUUGUUGCUUCUAAAGUUUUUGAUGCUGAAAUUGCUUUGAGUGAUGAACCUUAUAUAUCUAUAUACUUCGAAGGACACAAGGCUCAAGUUAGUUCUGCCUUCGCAAUUCCAGAUUACUCUGUAAUGUUUUUGAACCAAACUCUUCAAUCAAAUGAAGCAAAAGUUACUGAAUUCAAUCAAAACAAUGUCAAAGGAAGCUAUAUCAGCUUUGAUGACAUUGAGAAAUGUUUGACUGAUUAG